AUGUUUUUCCCUAUUCCAUCAUCAUAUAUCAUUUCUCAUCACCUGUUCCAGCCUAUCAGGUCCUCUGCCUCCCCAAGCCCAACUCUUCCUCAUUUUGACGAAGCUAAUUCCACUGGCCUCGAUUCUUCCUCAGCUAUUCCAAACUCCAACAACAAGCCUCCAUCUACUCUUCAUCCUCCGUCCAUUGCUUCGUUCUCAUCUUCAUCUUCUUCACCCUGUCCUAUUUCUUCCCCCGACCUCCCAUGUACCUCAGCAAGCGCCAUUUCUAUUAAAGCAAACCCAUCUGUGAACAACUUAGUAAACACCAACCGCAAUCUCUAUUUUGGUCGCCCUACCAAUUUUCCAACUUCUAUUCAGCCCGGCACUACUCCUCUAUCUUUUGCCCCACCUCCAUCAGCUGCUUGCAUCGCUUUACCUAUUCCGGGACUCAUUUGGCUACCAGAGAUAACCCUACCUGCCGACCUACCUCCCUGGUGCCCCUUGCCUUCUCCGGCACCUUCUCCAUCUCCUUUACCAUCGCCCUCCACUGUCAGUUCUUCCUCUGCCUUCUCGCUACCCGGUAUUCUACCCAAUCAUCUAGCUCCCUGCCAGACGGAGACUUCAGUAAGAUCCAUGCAGAGAUCUGCAUGCUCCAUAUGUACUGGAUCGCAUGUCUGCGCUUUACCACUUGGUGAUUAUUCUGGUGGUCCUAUUCAUAAUUUUGAUAGCGAUGCUAGUAACAAUGCUGGAGCCCCACUAGACUGGCCAAUAAACUGUGGGCCGUUAUUAAUCUCCAGUCCUUUCUCCUCUACCACCACAACUAUAACCUCUUCUACUUAUUCAUCCUCCUCGGGUUCUUCGCUCUCUGGCGGUUCUAAGUUUAUUUUGCCCCCACCACUCUGUGUCCGUGCGCCAUCUCGAUUAACCCAGAUCGGCGCAGGAUCCCCUGCUAUAUCGAUUUCAUCUUCCUCUUUCCCGAUUACCACCCUUAAUGGCCUCUCUUUGGUCUCACUAGCCUCCUCUCUAACGUCUACCUCAAUGCUAUCAACAGCUCCUUCAGCCUUAAACUCUGUCCCAGGUACAUCUCUCAAUCGGCCACUAUCCGGGUUGACUGAAGAGGAGAUUAGUCGACGACGCCUUUGCUGUUACCGAUUCGUGCAUAUUUUGGCUUGCGUCGAACUGCUAUUUGUUUUUCCCGACGAGACAGCUGCAUUGGCUUGUUUAAACGUCUGCAAAUUGGCAGGAGGCAUCGAAUCUUCUUGGAAUAAUUUAUUCCAUCUUGUUAAGGAACGGGCAAUUCAAGCUAAUUCGAUCGGGUCUCUUAACUUACCAAGUUAG